AUGGACAGUCCCAUGGGCUCACAGGCUCGGGAGAAAGGACUCUCAGUUAGGCUCCCCACGCCGCCCAGCAGCCUCCCCCCCGCCCUCCAUGCCUUGCCCACAAGCAGCCUCUUCGCCACCCGUCCCGCGCAGCCUCCGGAAAGCGUCCUGGGGAUCAGCUUCAAGCCCUACAGCCCAGAGCCCGGCCCGGCCCCGGCCUCCUGCACCACCUGUGAGAGCACACGUAAGGCGACAGCUCCGAGCGCGGGCCGGGCGCGGCGGCCCCUCUGUGCCGCGCUGGGCAGCGCAUUGCUGCUUGCGUGCUUGUUUGCAGUCCUCUUCUGGCGCUCGCAGACUGGCAUUGUGUACAAGGAGCCUGCCGAGAGCUGCAAGGACAGCCCCGUGCGCUGCGACGGCGUCGCCGACUGCUCGCAGCGCAGUGACGAGCUGGGCUGUGUGCGCUUCAGCUCCGACCAGUCCCUGCUCCACAUCUACUCCAGCACCGAGAGCCAGUGGCUGCCCGUGUGCAGCAGUGCUUGGGACGACUCCUUCUCCAGGAAGACAUGCCAGCAGCUGGGAUUUCAGAAUGCAUCCCAGACGGACUACAUCCCCCUGCAUGUCUCCGGCAAGAGCCUCAGUGUGACCGAGGAGCGGGAAACCAUCCAGGAGAGCCUCAACAGCUCCCAGUGUCUCACGGGGAAAUACGUCUCCCUGCGAUGCACAAGCUGCGGGCAGCGGAUCUCUGGCCGGAUCAUUGGCGGGAAGGAAACCUCGGCCAGUAAAUGGCCCUGGCAAGUCAGCGUGCAGUACGGGCCCAUCCACAUCUGCGGCGGCACCAUCAUUGACGCACAGUGGGUGCUCACAGCGGCCCACUGCUUCUUCAUGAACAGCAUGAAGAUCCUCGAUGACUGGCGGGUAUACGGCGGGGUCUCCGACCUCAAGCAGCGCUCCGAGGGCAUCCCUGUCUCUCAGGUCAUCAUCAACUCCAACUACAGUGACGACCAUGAUGACUACGACAUCGCUCUCAUGAAGCUCUCCAGGCCACUGGUGCUCUCCGCCCAGGUCCGCCCAGCCUGCCUGCCCAUGCACGGCCAGCGCUUCCAGACCGGCAGGUCCUGCUUCAUCACCGGCUUCGGGAAGACCAGGGAAAAUGAAGAUAACACCUCCCCAAAGCUGCGCGAGGCCGAGGUGAAGCUCAUCGACUACAAGCUGUGCAACAGCGACAAGGUGUACGAGGGCUACCUGACGCCGCGCAUGAUGUGCGCCGGCUACCUACAGGGUGGCAAGGACGCGUGCCAGGGUGACAGUGGGGGGCCCCUGGUGUGCGAGGACGGCGGGCGCUGGGACGUGGCUGGGGUGACGAGCUGGGGCACGGGCUGCGGCCAGAAGAACAAGCCAGGGGUGUACACGCGUGUCACGAAGCUGCUCAGCUGGAUAUACAGCAAGAUGGAGGUGAGGGCGCCCAGGGACGGGCCCGCGCACGCUGCCAGGCUCCGGGACAUCUCCCCCUCGCCCUCUCCUCUCUCCCCUGCGCAGAGCGAGAACGACUGA